CAGAGAGAGAGAGAAACAUGAUUCUUCACUCCACAGAGUGAAGAAGACACCUCCAGAUGGCUAUUAUCUCCCGCCUUUCGCCGUGACUAGACUCUCAUCUUUAGAACGGCUCUGUUGUUGUCUGGCGUCGUUUUGUAUGUGCAUAUCUGUGGUUCUACUGCCUCUGGUGGCCCUCCAGAUUGUGACUAUGGCAACUUUUUCAAGAAAAAGCUGUAGUGUUAGCUAGUUAAUUCUACAUAGCUGCAUGGCAUGAGAAUUAUGGAUGGGGUUGAAGAAGAACCCUCAUUAUCGUCCGAGCAAGACAAUGCUGCGAAUGGCAAAAUAUGGUGUUUAAAACGAGUUGGACGAAAUAGUGGCUGGCUACGUCUUUUCGAAAAUUCUGAGGUUACAAUUGGACGUGGCCUAAAUGUCACACAUCAGAUUCUGUCAGCGAGUUAUCCACUGAUGAUAUCCAGAAAUCACUGUAUGCUGAAGCAGAGAGAGGAUGGUCAGUGGACGGUGACCGACAAUGAGAGUAUGAAUGGAGUUUGGGUGAACGGAACACGUAUAUCUUCCAUGAAACCUCGCCCUCUACAGCAGGGCGAUAUCGUUAGGUUCGGGGUUCCUUUAGAUGGCAACCCAGUCGAGUUUGAGUACGUCCUGGUUCACUGCAGUCUCAGCAGAAUUAAAGAUUUCUUGACCAAGAGUGUUGGCACUGAAGCCAGCACCAGUGCCUCAGUCCCAAAACCCAACAAGGCCAAGCGCAAGUUAGGCACAGAUGAAACUGUGCUACGCACCACACAGGACUCCGGUUCCAAGCUCUAUCGCUCCUCCGAUGUGGACAAGUCAACUGCCAGGCCCUGCCCAACCGCUCCAGUGGAGCACGAUACCGGUUCUACCUGCAGGCCCCCGGAUCAGGCUGAACCCAGUGGCCCACCUGGCAGCUCCGCUGACUGCAGGUCCAGCAGCCAGCAGCUCGCCGCAUUACAGCGCUACAACAGAAACCUGCGCGCACUGAAGGAGCGUAUGGGGCAGACACAGCGGCAGGCAGCUGAACUGGAGGGGCAGGAGCCUGGCAGCCCGAGCCAGCAGCAGCAGAUGCAGGCACUUCAGGAGCAGCUGGAGGUGCUCCGAGGCCAACUGAGCUCGCAGCAGGAACAGGCCCUGCAGCGCGUGGAGAUCGUGGAGCGGUCUAUUUACUCGGAAGAAAGGAGACUGGAGAUGGAGAAUGCUCAGCAGAAAGAAGAUGGCUUGAAGAAACAGUUGGAAGAAGCUUUAAAGGAGCACCGAAAAGUAAUAGAUGAGCUCAGACAUGCAAAGGAAGGUUUUGAGGAGGUUCUGCAGGCCAAAGAUAAGGAACUGGAAGUUACCAAGGAGGAGAAGGAAAAAGCUAGAGCCCAGAAGGAGGAGGUGGUAACCCAGAUGACGGAGGUCCUGGAAAAUGAGCUUCAGUGCAUCAUCUGCUCUGAGCUCUUCAUCGAGGCCGUGACGCUGAACUGUGCGCACAGCUUCUGUCAGCACUGCAUCCGAGACUGGCGGAGCCGGAAGGAUGAGUGCCCCAUCUGCAGGCAGCCCAUCGUUGCCCAGACCCGCUCUCUCGUCUUGGACAACUGCAUCGACCGCAUGGUGGAGAACCUCAGCACCGAGAUGAGAGAGAGGAGACUGGCGCUAGUCACCGAGAGGAAAGGCUGGAGAGCAGCCAUGUCUCUAGGAAUGUUAUUGACCCAGGAGAACGACACCAGUGACAAGUGACUCAUCAGUUAUUGAAAGCUUCUGUGUGCUGUAUAGACCCCAGCAAGUCAUUUUCUUGAAGUGAUGUAUACCAACAAGAACAACUGUUUUCUUGAGAAACACUUGAACACUUAAGAAUGUUUGUUUGUUUUUGUUUUUUUCUUGUUUGUAUAUCAUUUGUUAGUUUUAUUUUUCUCAUAUAAAUAAAGCAUCAUUAUUUGUUUUGCACUGAGCUAUUAUACUCUGAAUAAUUACUGAAAGUAUGUAAUACUCUCCACAAUCAUGUUUUUUCUCACCUAUUGAUGUACCUUUUUAUAAUGCUUAACCAAACAUUAGAUAUGUAACAUGUAUUUACUGAAAGAGGGAAGGGCCGUCUUACGCUGACCACAAGGGGGCAGCAGAAUAUUAAUAAUGGCUUUGUAGACUUAUAACAAAAAUGCAUUUUGGGUCUUAGUUGACAGGACAUAAAGAGUAGCCGUUUCUACUCGUGGGUGUAUAUGUAAAGACCUCGGCUAACCUUCCAUUGCUAACUUCCAGCUUGCAAGGGAUCAGUAUAUAACACAUUUUUCCACUGCUUUCAGUAGUAAGUUGAGUUGUUAAAUCAGAUCAUCGGUGAGUCACUGCACCUGGUUUGCAGCGAGAGUAAGCCCUGCCUAGAACCACUGUCUGUGCCGUGCCGUGUGCUGUCAGUCCUUUAGCAGCGUGCUGAGAGGGGAAUCAUAAUGUCAGCUGCUGUUUCACGUGGACGACAGCAACAGACAACCCUGGAGUGCUGAUGUUCCACUCUUAGUUCUCAACUUUUUUGUUGAAGAUCAGUCAUGAAAUGAACCACGUCGAUGACAAUGUGAACCACAGGUCCUUCUGCCUUAAUGGGUCCGUUCAGGAAUUGGUCCUCAUACAGACUUGGAGGAAAAGUUAUGUGGUUAUGUUAACAAACUAUAAAGAAUAUAUAAACCUUGGCCACUGAAAUAUAGGGCACUCAUCCUCAUAGCCAUGUGCUAGUCACAGUCCUGCUAGGAUAAGAUCUUUUACAUUUUAUAUCUUUAAACAUAAAACAGCCAAAAUGGAUUUUUUUAGUAUCAUAUAAGGAUGAGGGCUGUUUUGGAGGUUUCAGGAGAGAAGCAAACAUAUCUUUGAGUAUAUGUUGACUGAUGAAAUGUGCUACUUGGUGUUGUAUGACUGUGGCAGCCAUUUCACAACUCCCCCUGCCCGAUGCUGCUCAUGGUAAGACCCAGAUUCUCCUCUUGCCAGUUUCCAUGCUGAGGAUAGCAGUGACUUUCUGCAGACCCUUUCUGUCUGAGAUAUGUAUAGUUUAAAAAAAAAUUGAGUUUUAUUUACAAUUUAAAAAUAAAAUAUUGACUACAAAAAUCAAUUUCUAGAAGUAUACAGAUUACCGAAAUCUGUUGAUGUAUAGCUACACAUGUAAGAUCCAGAGAUCAAUGAGUUUUUUGCAUGUUGCAUUCUAGUUUCACAAAGCUUAGGAUGUAAACAGGCCAGUUUUUAUGUUCACUUAGUGAAAAUGAUGCAAAGCCCUUUGCAUUCUGCAUAAUUUAUCUUUGCAGGCACAUGGGACUGUUCCUCAGAGAAACUGACUCAUAACUUAUUCUUAAAGGCAUGUUUGUGUUAAAUGGUCUUCAGUACUUUUUCAUGUGUAUUGUUAUAUUGGCCCCGUGGGAUUAAAGUCUAAGAUUCGGAUUUGUGGUAUUUCAGGUGUUUUUUCACAAGAUCCUAUCAGUCUUUGUUCAUUUGGUUUUUUUCUUCUGAGAUUUCCACACCACUGCAGGAUCUUUCUUCUUGAGAACAAAUACCUCCCGCAACUGUGCUGCUAAGUGACAAUUUUUUUCAUGCUCUCUGUCACUAAUACCCUCCUUUUGUGCUCUCUACAAAUGACACUGUAGCAGCCAAUGUUGCACCAUGACCUUCAGAUUUAUGCCCUGUGCUAGAUUCAAUAG